GCCAGUCAUGUGCAACCUGUUGUGACACGUGUGACAUGUUCGCCACCGUAGAUCGAUUUUCCACAAUCGAUUGGUGCAAUUAUCUGAACCGUUAUUGGUGAAGCGCCUGACCGGUGAAGUGGUUGAUAUCAAAUGGACUUCCUGGGCUACCACUUGAUGAGUGUUUCGAGUCCAGAUACCAAUGUACUUGUUUGAGCUAGCAUUGUCUUUUGCCUUGUGUAUUGUGGCCUCACAAGAUGCAGAAGCAUUGGACGCUGAAUGUGCCUCAGAGUCUAAGCUUACACGUUUGGACUGUAUUCCAGAGAAGAACGCAAACCAAGAGUGGUGUAUUCACAGGGGUUGUUGCUGGUCCGAAAGAAAGGACGACGAUUUUGGAGUUCCGGAAUGUUAUUUCCCUUCUGAUUAUCCCGCACACAAAGUUGUUUCUGUGACUCAGACGUCCACUGGAUAUUUUGUCAAUUUGACAAAACCUUCCACGGGUUAUGGAAUUAACGAAUUUCAGAAUGUUCUCUUAGAAGUACGCUACGAAACUAAAACCCGAUUAAGAUUGCGGUUUACGAUCCCAUCUCAGCCGGACCGAUGGGAACCUCCGAUUCCUUUAGAAGCUGCCGAUGAUCCACCACCACAGAUGACCGAUUAUGGUGUGGAGUUGGAUAAAUCACCAUUCGGAUUACGGGUGGUCCGAAGCGGUUUGAAGCGUGAUAUACUGCUUGAUUCAUCUGGUGCCCUGUCCGCCGCCACGAUAUUGGCCCACCAAUUUUUACAGAUCACAUUCCGGCUCAACGUACAUCGAGCAUUUGGCCCCGGAGAAACUAGAUUACCCUUCCCACACCCUCUGAAUUUGUGGCAACGUGUUGGGUUGUGGGCUCGAGACACGCCACCUAUAGACGGUGCGAAUCUUUACGGUGUGCAUAACUUUUUCAUGGGGCUUUCUCACGAUGGAACUGCUUUCGGUGUGUUUCUACUCAAUAGUAACGCACAAGAAGUUGCUUUUACUCCUCUCCCAUCCAUCACUUAUCGCGUCAUUGGAGGCAUCUUGGAUUUCUUCGUCUUCACCGGGCCUCAACCCUCCAAUGUUAUUGCCCAAUACUAUGAUCUAAUCGGUCAUCCCCCUGUCCCACCCUAUUGGUCUUUGGGUUUCCAUCUUUGCCGAUACGGAUAUAGUAACCUUACUGAAGUAUCUGAAACCUUGGCAAGAAAUUUGUUAGCCCAAAUUCCUAUCGAAGUCCAGUGGUUGGACAUUGAUUAUAUGGACGAACUCAAGAGCUGGUCCGUCGAUUUGGUAAAGUUUGCAAACUUGGGGAAUUUCAUCAAAGAUACACUUCACGAUAAGCACCAAAUGAAGUCGGUAUUGAUUGUGGAUCCGGCCAUGAGUACGACUGGGGGUUCACAUUACAUGCCUUACACAACUGGUCUUGAUUUGGGUAUUUUCAUUAACGACAGUCGAACCGGUCAGCCCAUUACGGGCACUGUUUGGCCUGGUGAAACAGUGUUUCCUGACUUCUCUCAUCCGAACGCUGAGCAAUGGUGGUUCGACCUAGCCAACCAAUUUCACUUGAUAGCGCCGUUCGACGGUCUAUGGAUUGACAUGAACGAACCAGCUAACUUUAAUGAAGGAUCUCUUGUCGGAUGCGAUGCCGACAACCCAUUGGACAACCCCGUCUUCGUGCCGAUGAUAUUGGACCGACUAUUGUACGCGAAAACCUUAUGCCCAUCUGCUAAACAUCACGAUACGACACAUUAUUACCGCCACAAUUUGUACGGAUACGAUGAGGCGGCGACGACCUACCGCAUGAUGAUGCGUCUGUUCCCCGGCAAACGUCCGUUUAUCUUGAGCCGUUCCACAUUCGCUGGGUCCGGACGCUACACCAUCCACUGGACAGGAGACAAUCUAUCCAGCUGGGCUGAUAUGAGAACCUCAAUAGCACAAGUAAUUAAUUUCAACAUGUACGGUAUACCCAUGGUCGGUGCGGACAUUUGUGGGUUCCGCGACAACGCCACGGAAGAGUUAUGCGUCAGGUGGAGUCAGCUGGGGGCCUUUUAUCCAUUUUCGCGGAACCACAACUCUUUGGGUUCGAUUCCUCAAGAUCCAGCAUCUUGGAGUCCCGAAGCUGUGGAGGCCAUUAGAGACGUAUUGAAUUUUCGUUAUUUACUUCUGCCAUACUUAUACACGCUCUUCUAUCGAGCUCAUUUGUUCGGGGAAAGUGUAGUGAGAGCGUUAGCUUUUGAGUUCCCUCUUGAACUUGGAUCUCAUUCGGUCGACACACAGUUCAUGUUAGGUUCGUGUCUUUUGAUUAACCCUGUACUUGAGGAAGGCCGUACUGAGGUAGAUGGUUAUGUGCCUUCUGGAGAUUGGAUCAACCUAUCUACUGGUCAGCGCGAACACAGUUACGGUGAGAUGAUGCACUUCAAGGCCCCGUUGCAUGUUAUACCGAUUUUGCUUCGAGCUGGUUGUGUUCUACCAAUACAAACCAGUCCUGGAGUCACCAGUGUUUCACGUAAAAAGGGUCUCAGUUUGUUCGCAGUGUUGUCCAAUCAAGACGACGGUAGCGAUAGAGCAGGAGUCGAGGCCGAAGCCAACGGUGAACUUUUCUGGGAUGACGGGGAAUCCCAUCCAUUGGAUUAUGUGCACGUUACAUUCACAGUGAGAAACCGUUCUCUUCAUGUUACUUCGUUUGCGUUGCAAGAAAGUACAGUGGAUCGCCUUGAUCCCAGAGAAACCGUCCUCAACCUCAUCCUAAUAACUGGGUUUACACUGUCACCUACUUCGGUUCUAGUUAACGGUCAACCUGUGGAAUUCCGCUAUGAUUUAGACCUACAGACACUACGAAUUAAGUGUCCAGAAGCAACUAAUUUCACCUCCCAACUGUUGGCUACUUGGAGAUUUGGUUAACCCGUGCUUAUAAGGGUCCUGCAACUGGGAAUAUUUUCCAAGCGGUAUCAAUUUGCCCUUUCCAUCUCUGCUUGUAUUUUAUGUUUCCCUAUUUCAACAUCUCUGGGAAUCAAAUAGUUACCGAUGUCGGUUUCCAUUCCAAUCGACUUGUAACGUCUCCCCUAAUGCCAUUUGGUUUAUUCAAUGUCCAAGUUGCGCAUUAGAAAGGGCGUUCCGUCAACUCGUUGUCUUUUAUUCUAUGUGGCAUUGUCAGCUGCAGAAUUGCAAGUAGAUAUCUCAUCUCGGACCAGCCAAAGAUUUGAAUUCUCAUCCUUAAGAAUGUGCUUGAAGAUAAGUCGGACACUAGUGCCUUGUGUGUGCGAAUCAUCAUCAUCGUCAUGUUAGCCGAGGGUGGAAAAGACACCUCAGCUAAUCUGCCACAGUACCAAAAGAUGGGAGAUUAAACAUUACUGACUACCAAAGCUAAAGAAGUACCACUGUUGAAAUAACAUUAUGCAUUUGGUCGAAAUGGUAUUUGGAGGGCGAAGGUAAAGAAGGAGACAAAGUGGCUCAUAACACAAACACCAUUGAGGUCGCCUCUCGCCAUGUCAGCUAGUGUAUCCAAAUAGACUUUCAUCGCUCCUCGGUCUCCAGCCCGACAGUUAGGAAACACCAACCGACGCCAAGUUCGUAGCGAGGGAUUUCAUUCCUCUAGACCAAGUCACCACGUGGCCUCCCCUCCUCUUCUUCCAUCCACACCCUCGGCGCACAAAUAACACACGUCGCUGGCGUCUUUGUGCUGGCAUGCGCAACAUGUGGCCUAGUCAUCGGAGCGUGGUACGUGAUAUAAUGCUCCUGAGCGGUUCGCUAGCUCUUCCUGCACCAAAUACGCGGCGCCGGACACGCUCAUUGAUCACGCGGUGUACCCACUACACAUGAGCCAAGCUUCGAAGGCAGCGAUAGUCGGCUGCUCUAAUGGGUUAGGUUUCGCAACCGUAUUAGGAUGUUGAACGGACGGCCGCAUUUUAAACUGCGCUUCAGCACCAGAGUGAUGUCACGCCGACGCCACCGGUGGCAGAGAUUGGCGAAAGCACCCCGAGCAUUCGUUACACGACUCGUGACUUCAUCUUAAGUCCCACGGACGCUAUAAUAGCUGCCUAGAUACUUGAAUUUCCUUCCGACUUCUAGCUGAUCACCUCCAAGACUUAGCGCAGGAGUACAUCCCUGCCAAUCUUGAAGAAAGGCUUUGUAUUUCGAAGGUGCAAAGCAUUGCCUGAAGCGCUUGCCAGCCAGAGCUAAUUUAUCCGGUGCAGUUUGGCACGUCCGUGAGCUGUCACAGAUGAGGGCAAUGUCAUUGGCAUACUCCAAGUCUAGAAUUCGGUUACCUGGGGGCAGCUGCACACAUUAUAAGUCGUGCUCCGUGGACGCCGUUUCCAUGACUUCGUCAAUGGCAAAGUAAACGAGGUAAGGUGACCACGGUCAACCUUGUUCCACACUGGUGGAGAUAUUGAAGAGCGGCGAAAGUUUGCCGUAAGCCCUCACUCUGCCCGAACUACGCGCGUACAGCGCACUGAUAAUGUCUACUUAUUUUUCAAGCACGCCUUUCUUAAACAGUCAAGCCCAAACGGCGCAUCGAUCCACCGAACCGAAGGCACCUUUGACAUUGAGGAACACGACUACGGUGGGUCGCCGUUAAAUAUGGCCUUGCUCUAAUAAUUGACGUAAUGUGAAGGUGUUAUCAAUACAGCCGCGAAAACGACGAAAUUCGGCUUGCUCUUUGCGAAUCUGGCUUUCACGGGUGUCAGUUGGUCUAUGGAAGACGACAGUGGCAAGUAACUUAGAGGCAAUUGAGAUCACAGACUGAUACUUCUAUGACUGCCACCUUCUUAACGGCAGCCUGCCUUGAAAAUUGAAAUUAUAACGGAGUGGCUGCAGUCUCUUGGGAUAGUCUCCUGCUCCCAUAGGUUCUUUGGCAAGUUAUGUAAAUCGUUUAAAUGAGCAGGGCCCCUGAAUUGGAUGAGGGCUGGAUGAAUUCCAUCUGCACUGGCGGCCUUGUUCCAUUUCGGCCGUCUGAUCACACGUUUGAUUUCUGUGUAUGAGAGCGGAUCCAGUUAGGACCCCGAGGAGUGUAUCAUCCGACAAUCAAACGUAGUACAGUAUUACUUUUGAUAUU